AUUUAUAGAUGAAUGGUGGAGGUUGUUUGGUAGUUCUGCUCCAUGUUUACAAAAAAUGGCAGUUCGCAUUCUUAGCCAAGCAUCUGCUUCUUCAGGGUGUGAAAGGAAUUGGAGUCUUUUUGAUCAAAUUCAUACAACAAGAAGGAAUAGAUUGGAGCAUGAUAGGCUAAGUGAUAUUAUGUAUGUUACAUAUAAUUUGCGUCUUAAAUCCAGGAAGGAAAGAAAAAAAAAGAAAGCAAAAGUUGCAAUAUGAUCCAAUCGAUAUUGAAACUAUUGAUAAGGUUGAUUUUUGGGUGACGGAAGAGGUUGUUGAAAAAGAGCCUAAUCUUCCAAGUAAUAUUGAAGACUUGCUUGAUGAGAUUGAUGCUAAUUUAGAUCAAGGUGGUGGUGGUGGUAGUACUAGUACAUUUUAUGCUGCACCACUUGCUUUUUCUGGUCCAAGUAGUGAAAAUGAAGGUGAUGAAAUCAAUGACGCAAAUCUGCAGCAAGUUAUGGAGGAUUUUGAUGAUUGAUGACAAACUUUGAUCAUUUUGAUGCUGCUAUGUUAUGUUUGAUUGGU